CUUCUGCUACUCUUCUUCCUUCUCUUAGCUUCCAUCGCCAAUCCUCUCACCCUUCCACCGGACCGCCGGCAGUCACUAGCCUCUCUUCCUCUCAGCCGCACACCCUAUUCCCCCUUUUGGGGUUUUCAUCUCUUAUUCUACACAACAGCCGCUGGCACCAUCUCAAACAAGCUGCCAUUCUCAACCAUCAUUCCAUGGAAAAUCAGAAAGGGAAAGCACAGAGAUAAGAGCAGCCAUUCAACAGACAAGAAAAAAGGGGCUAAUCGGUUCGUGAGCGCUGCGCUGCCAAAAAAAAAAAAAACAAAAACAGUAAGGAAAUCGAAUGGGAAGAAGCCCAAGCCCAAACUAAGAGUGCAGCUUACAAUUCAAGAGCGCAUUGACUAUCCCAGCCCAAUUACUGACGAUCGAUUUGUUUCCCUUUCUUUGUUGCCUCAGUGAAAACAUAACACAGCACCCGAACUCUUUCCGGCCGAAUUUUUGGUGGGUAACCAUGAGAGAAAUCGUCACCAUCCAAGUCGGAGGUUUCGCUAACUUCAUCGGCUCUCACUUCUGGAACUUCCAGGAUGAAAUGCUCGGAUUGGCGGCGGACCAAACCGCUGAUUCAGUGUUCAAGGCGCAGAAUCUGAACAUGGACGUGCUUUACCGUACUGGUGAGACGCAGCAGGGAACUCUUACUUAUACCCCUCGGCUUCUCUCGGUUGAUUUUCAUGGAUCCCUUGGAUCUAUGAGUUCGCUUGGUACGUUGUAUAAUGAUGGUUUCUCUGCCCCAGCUGAUGUUAUUACAUGGACUGGUAAUGUUUCCACUCAUGCAUCAGAACCUCGGAAGAAGAACUUGUUCUUGCAAAGUUUGUAUCAGGAAGAGAAUAGUAUUAAUGGUGGUAAAGAUGAUUCUCUAAAUCAAAUUCCACAAAAAGAUAUAGUUGAUUGUUUAGAUAAGGAUGUCCACUGUUGGACAGACUUCUCAAAAGUCCAUUUUCAUCCCCAGAGUUUAUACGAAUUAAAUGGUUUAUGGAUGGACAUUCAAGAAUUUGACAAUUAUGGAAUUGGAAGGGAUGUGUUCUCUGAGAAUUUAAGAGGAGAAGAAAUUUGUGACAGGCUUCGGUUUUUUGUUGAAGAGUGUGAUCAUAUCCAGGGUUUUCAAUUCAUGGUGGAUGACUCAGGAGGUUUUUCUGCUAUAGCAGCUGAUUUUCUAGAAAAUAUUGCAGAUGAAUACACAAACACUCCAGCGUUGCUCUAUACAGUCCGUGGUUCUGGUUCUCAUUUGAAUCUGAGAAGCAGGAAGCAGAAGGUUGUCAGAGAUCUUCAUGAUGCAGUAUCAUUUUCAAGACUAGCAUCCUUCUCUAAAAUGAUUGUGCCAAUUGGUUUACCAUUCUUGAGUGAAAGUAAGGUUUCAUCUUUCCUCCAUAUUGAAGAUGAGAAGCCUUACCAUUGCAGUGCAGUGUAUGCUGCUGCCCUACACUCUGCAAGUCUUCCAUUUCGGAUGGAAAUGCCUGGUCCGACAGCAGAUUCAUCUGAGAUUUGUGGUGCCAUUGAUGUAAAUGGGAUUGUACAAAUGCUAGCAGGGCAAGCAAGACAGAAUAUGGUGGCUAUUCUGGAUGUCACAAUGCCAGCACCUGGUUUAACUGGGACAGAGGAUCAACAGUCUUUGCUUGGGAAUCUACAGUCACUGACACCAGAAGUAGUGGAAGAUGCUGAAGAUUUGCAGGUUGUAGAAUCCCUUAUUGUACAAGGAGCAUUUACAGAAGGAGAUCAUCGAGCUUCAGUGUCUGAAGUAAAAAAUGCAGUUCAGGCUGCAUAUGAACGUGCAACCACAAGGCCUAUGUUCUGCCACCUCUCCACUGCUCUCUGUCCUCUUCCAAUACCAUUGCCAUUUCCAUCAAUCUUUGGGAAUCUUAUUGGUCAGCAAGGUGAGCUAUUAGGAAGCCCAAUCUUAGGAUCUCAAUCAAGGGGAUCACUCGAUGUCCAUUCCAUCCCCAUGGCAGCUAGACUACGUUCUAGCAGUGCCGUCCUGCCAUUUCUGGAAAACAGACUGGAGAAUCUUCGUAAGUUUGGUAUAAACCGGGGAGCUCCUGGGACUGAAUUACUCAGAAGCUGGGGCUUUGGAAAGGAUGAACUUGAAGACUUUGGAGAGACACUGUCUAAGAUGGUUAUGACGCUCAAACCUGAUUUUGAAAGAUCAUCUGAUUCAGAUUAAGUUGCUAACAGAUGUGAAACGACUGAGACUUCAAAUUUUGCUCUCAUUUUUAUUGCAUUCUAACCUAUAUUCCUUGGUGAUUUUUUGGAAGAAAAAGAAUGCUCAAGACUUGAGGACGGAGAGAGUCAUUCUCGUUGUAUGCGUAUGGAUAGAGAAAAUGUAUCGUAUUAGCUUAAGAUAUGUGUUCAGACUUCUAUUUUACUGUAUUGGAGUCUCUGUUUUGGGCUUUGGUUUUGAGACAUUGAAAUUUGCUUUUAGAAAAUCAUAAAAUUUCAGACGAAUG